GAACGCAAACGACGGGGUCGCGGCGGACAAAGACCUCCGAAACUCUAAUCGUUCUUCUCCUUGCGAUUCCCUCCUACCAGAAACCAGUCCUCUUUCCUUUCGGACUUCCGCUCCUCAAAAUCCCGAUUUAGGAUUUUAUCCUCCUUAAAUCCUAGUUAAAUCCGGGUACUAAACAGCCCAUUUACGUCUGGCUCAAAAUUAUAGCUAACGAUGGCAGAUGGAGAUGAAAGGACCUUUAAGAGUUUGGGUGUCUGCGAACAAUUGGUCGAAACUUGUGAGAGUUUGGGGUGGAAAACCCCAUCAAAGAUUCAGGUGGAGUCGAUUCCUCAUGCCCUUGAAGGAAGGGAUGUAAUUGGACUUGCGCAAACAGGAUCAGGCAAGACUGGAGCUUUUGCCCUUCCAAUCAUCCAAGCUCUCCUUGAGAAGCCACAACCAUUCUUUGCUUGUGUACUGUCUCCAACUAGAGAGUUGGCGAUCCAAAUUUCUCAACAAUUUGAAGCACUAGGGUCUGAAAUUGGUGUGAAAUGCUCGGUGCUUGUUGGAGGUGUUGACAUGAUGGCACAGGCCAUUUCUCUAGCAAAGCGUCCUCAUAUUAUAGUAGCUACUCCUGGACGUUUAUUGGAUCAUCUUUCAAAUACAAAAGGUUUUAGCCUUCGCAUGUUGAAGUACUUGGUUCUUGAUGAGGCUGAUAGGUUGCUCAACAUGGACUUUGAAAAAGCUAUUGAUGAUAUUCUUAAGGCUAUUCCCAAAGAACGCAGGACAUAUCUGUUCUCAGCAACUAUGACAAAAAAGGUUGGAAAACUUCAAAGGGCAUGCCUUAAGAAUCCUGUAAAGAUUGAGGCAUCCUCCAAGUAUUCUACCGUUGAUACUCUAAAGCAGCAAUUUCGUAUGGUCCCUGCCAAGUACAAGGACUGCUAUCUUGUUUACAUUCUGACUGAGAUGUCUAGAAGCACCUCUAUGGUAUUCACUCGUACUUGUGAUUCUACACGACUUUUGGCUUUGCUCCUCCGGAACCUUGGCUUAAAGGCGAUACCCAUCAGUGGUCAAAUGAGCCAGACAAAGCGACUGGGAGCAUUAAAUAAAUUCAAGGCUGGAGAUUGCAACAUUCUUAUUUGCACUGAUGUUGCUAGCAGAGGACUUGACAUACCAACAGUUGAUUUGGUCAUAAAUUAUGACAUUCCCAGCAAUUCUAAGGAUUACAUACAUCGCGUCGGCAGGACUGCUCGUGCUGGGCGGUCUGGAUCAGCCAUCUCAUUAGUAAAUCAAUAUGAAGUGGAAUGGUACAUUCAAAUAGAACAACUUAUCGGAAAAAAGUUACCUGAGUAUCUGGCGGAGGAGCCUGAAGUUUUAUUAUUCUUGGAGAGAGUUUCAGAUGCUAAAAGAAUAUCUCAAAUGAAAAUUAAAGAAAGUGCAGGGAACAAGAAAAGAAGGAAGGGUGGAGAUGAUGAUGAUGGAGAAGCUGAAAGUUAUGCCUUUAACACCAAGAAUGGAAAGAUAUCUAAGAAAGGGAAAAGGUAGCUUUGAAGGAUCCUUGCACCUGAGGGGUUACGCUACUUUUGGUUCUUUUUUAAUACUACCGUUUUUUUGGAUCUAUUUUACUGGAUCAAGAACUCAGCUAUCACACUCUUUUCUAAAGUUUCUCAUGCUAAAUCCCUCAAUGAUUACUAAUCAAUUUUAUUAUGUAGCAUAAUUUAUAGGUUAUUGCUAAAAUUC